AUGUGCGGGAAGAUCUUGAAGACCGAGGGCGGUUUCAAGCAGCAUUUGCGCGCGAAGGGAAACCCGGCGUGCAAGAAGUGGGCGGAAGAUCAGGAUGCAGAGGCUCUCCUCCAAGCGAUGGCAGACCCGGACGAACUCGAACGUCUACGCGAAGAGGCCCGCGCGACUUUACAGCAGAUCAUCGACGAUGAAGAGGCCGAGGACGACCUGAACAUCGAUUACGAGCCCGCACCUGAACCACCUCCCAAGCUGCCGCCUGAACCGCCUCCCGAACCCACGCCCAUUCCAUCGCCUAAUCCAACACCCGAUCCAACACCCGCUUCGACGCCCGCGUCAACUCCUGAACCGCCCGACAACCUCAUUCCUGAGGAGGAUCUGGAGCCGCGGCCGCUCAAGAACCUGAGAACGGUCAGGAGCGAGCGUCACACGCUGAAAGAAGAGAGCGACGAAGACGACGAUCCGUUUGGAUGGGGCGAUGAGGACGAGGAGGAAGCGCUGAAACGGGAGGUCGAUAAUGAGGACGAGUUGGAGGAUGAGGAAGACGAGGAUGAGGAUGAAGACGUACUGCGCGAUCUCGGACUUGGCGCUAUGGACGAGGGCUUUGGCGAUCAAGACGACGGGCCGCUGGAUCCUA